AUGGCGAAGGCUCGUGUGUCGCUGCAGCGCCAUGCGGAGCAGAUCAAUGUGCAUGAAGACGGCCAGAACGAGGAGGAAGUCCACUCAGAACUAGGCGAAAGCAUGGAUCCCCUCGAUGAAAGCGGGCACACGGUCGACAGCAGUGACGAAGAGAUCGAAGAUGCCGUCGCCGAAGACAUGUCACGCUUUGAAGAGACAUUUGUCGGCAUCAACAAACGCUUUCGAUUGAUCAACCGCAUUGGCGAAGGAACAUUUUCCACUGUCUACAAGGCCGAAGAUCUGGAGUACAACAAAUUCGACAACAGCUGGGACAUUGAGGAGCGCGAGAACAAAAAGUGGUCGUCACCUGGAUCCCGGAAACGCUCCAAGCGACCCCACUACGUUGCCAUCAAGAAGAUCUACGUCACAAGCAGUCCUAUCCGGAUAUUCAACGAGCUUGAGCUACUGUACGACUUGAGAGACUCGGAUUCAGUCUGCCCGCUUAUCACUGCCUUCCGCCAUCUGGACCAAGUCGUUGCUGUGCUUCCUUACUUCCAGCAUCGCGACUUCCGGGACUACUACAGAGACAUGAAGAUCUCUGAGAUGCGUCUAUACUUCCGGAGCCUGUUCACAGCACUUCGAGCGGUGCACCAGAAGAAAAUUAUCCACCGCGACGUCAAGCCAACAAACUUCCUUUACAAUCCUGCGCUGCAGCGUGGAGUUCUUGUCGACUUUGGCCUGGCAGAGCGUGAGGGCACAGACUGGCACCCAUGUGCGUGCCAUCUAUCAGACGAGGACCGCCGUCACAGAGUGACUCACAGCGUGUAUGCGCAGACACAGUCGUCCGGCCACAACACGUCCAGCUACCCCAAGAACGACACACGAAACAGCCGCCGAGCGAACCGAGCGGGUACUCGUGGAUUUCGUGCCCCGGAGGUGCUGCUCAAGUGCACGCAGCAGACGUGCUCUAUCGACAUGUGGAGUGUAGGUGUCAUCUUACUAACGAUGCUCUCUCGCCGCUUUCCCUUCUUCCACAGCGCAGACGACAUCGACGCACUGCUUGAGAUCACCACCAUUUUCGGCCGCAAGAAGAUGCGGGAAACCUCUCUGCUGCACGGCCAGGUCUUCGAGACCAACAUCCCAAGUUACAGUGAGAGCGGUCACAGCUUGGAGAAGAUCAUCCUCUGGUGCACUGGAAGGACUGGCGACAAGACAGCGCCAAAGAAGGAGCUGGAAGAGGACGAGAAGGAGGCCGUACAGUUCUUGCAUCGCUUGCUGGAGUGCAACCCCGCCAAACGCAUAACCGCCGACGAGGCUCUUGGACACCCCUUCCUUGCAAAGGCCCACGAUGACAACGAGGGGGACGAUGGCAUGGUCGACCUUGUUGAAGCGUAG